AUGGUAACGAAACGACAUCUUGGAGAGGGGGCUGAAGGAGGCUCUCGGCUGCCGUUUAAACGACGCCACAACGGUUCAAGUUUACUUAGAGGGGUUGAUCAUGGCCGGAUUUCGCCAGAAUCUGCAUCCUGCUUGGAACUCAUGAUCAGAAGAAUAGUUCGAGAGGCAGUAAACCAUGCGAUCGGCCCUUAUUUGAGAAUCUCGGAGAAUCGAGUCACUCUACCGAGAAACCUCGAGCUGCAGUUUUGUAACAAUUUCCCGCAAACCCUCUUCACAAACAGCCGAGUUCAGUCCAAGGACAAGACUCGAAUCAAAAUUGCCCUUUGUGACUCAACCACAAAAGAGGUAAUAUCGUGUGGUCCCCACUCGUCUCUCAAGGCAAUUUUGGUUGUCCUCGAUGGCGAUUUCGGGACCGUUGAUCGUGAAGAUUGGACGGCUGAGGAAUUUGACCGGAAAUUGGUGAAGAACAGAGAAGGGAGAAGGCCGCUGCUGACUGGCGAGCUGGCGGUAUCGUUGCAUAAUGGGGUCGGAUAUAUUGGUGACGUGAGCUUCACCGAUAAUUCGAGCUGGAUUCGGAGCGGUAAAUUUCGUCUCGGGGUUAAACCGCUUGCCAGCUCAACUGAAUUUCCUGGGAUCAAAGAAGCCUUCAGUACUGCGUUUAAAGUCAAGGAUCACCGAGGGGAGUCUUACCAGAAGCAUCAUCCACCGUGCUUGGAUGACGAGGUUUGGCGUUUGGAGAAGAUAGCCAAAGAUGGCCCAUCUCAUAAGAGGUUAACUCAGUUCGGAAUACACUGUGUUGGAGAUUUCUUGAAGUUCUAUUUCAUGGAUCGGCCUGGAUUGCGCAAUAUACUACGCAAAGUUACUAAUAAGGCAUGGGAAACAAUUGUCGAGCAUGCUCAAAAGUGUACUUUGGACAAUAAGAAGUACAUUUACACGACUGCACAAGGGGCCGGGCUGUUAUUUACUUCUACAAACAAGGUGAUUGGGGUCACUUUUGACGGUCGAGAUUACCUUUCUUUGGACAACCUCAACAACUAUCAGAUGGAUAUGAUGGAACAUAUGAAACAGCAGGCCUAUAAAAACUUGUCCGAAUGGGUGGAAUUUCGAGACCCAUCAUCAAUUGUUGGGUGCCCGAUGCUUUUCGAAAGCCCUGUAACCGACACUAGUGUAUAUCCUAAUCCGGGUCUCAAUGGUGCCAAUUUCCAAGAGCAAGAGAUUAAUUCUUAUCAUCCAACAAUGUCACCGAUAUACGAAGCCGAGCCCGAACAAGAGAACUGUUCAUUCGAGUUUGGGGAGAGUUCAAAUUCAAGUCAGGGUUUAAACCCAACAUUUAAGAAUGGUUACGAGAUGGGUUAUUCCCCUAUCGAUUUCUACGCCGGGGGAGAAAGCAUGUGGGCUUCUGGAGGGAAUUACACAGGCCCACAGCUCUCGACUGCUUUUCAAGUGGAGUCACCAGCCUGGCAAGGGAUCGGCUCGUUUCUUGAUCCCGGAAUUCAUGAAGUUGGGAUAAUCUCGUCGAGCACUGAAAAUUGGUGCAAAAUCCUUGCGGUGGUUAAGUGGCGGAUAUUAGUUAAGCGCAAUGUAGCUGCAAGAAAAUGGAAAAGCUCGUUCGGUUAUGUGCCAAUGUGA